CGCAUUCGAAUGCGCCGCCGCAAAUUAUACGCCAACUCGAUUCUCGUCUCUAGAGAUCAAAACACCACACUUCACCUCCCGACCGACCUCACGACAGGAGAGCAGGCUGCUCCUGCCCGCGCCGAUCCACAAUGUCACAACCACCAUCCCUCGUCACCCAACUCUCCCACUACAUCCUCGACGGCAUCUGGCAACUCGGCAACUGCUUUAACUGCUUCCCCUCCAAUCCCUCCCUGCGCAUCAACGGCCGAAGCUUCAAAAUCCUGCGCCUCCUCGGCGAAGGCGGCUUCAGCUACGUCUACCUGGUGCAAUCCCCGGGCGACCCCACGCUCUACGCGCUGAAGAAGAUCCGGUGUCCCUUCGGCCAGGAGAGCGUCUCGCUCGCGCUGAAAGAGGUCGAAGCCUACAGCCUGUUCGCGCCGCACCCGAACAUCAUCCACGCCAUCGACCACAGCGUGGAGAGCGACCGCGGCGCCGCCGACCCGGGGAGCAAGACGGUCUACAUCCUCCUGCCGUACUACCGGCGCGGCAACCUCCAGGAUGCCAUCAACGCGAACCUGGUCAACCGCGUGCGCUUCCCCGAGCGCAGGCUCAUGAUGUUGUUCCUGGGCGUCUGCCGCGCCCUCAAGGCCAUGCACCAAUACCGCGUGAAAGGCGACAGCGCCGCGAGUCGACAGAAGGCCCGCGCCGUCCGUUCCCAAGCAGCAGAAGCCGACCGAGAUGCCGCGACGGAAGCCCGAAGAGGAGGAGGAGGAGGAGGAUCAUCAGGGACCAACGGCGCGUCCGACGGCGACGACAUCGAGAACGCGCCGCUCAUGGACAACGCCGGCGAAGUGCUCGCGGCGCAGGACGGCGUCGCCGAGGGCGCCAUCCGCAGCUACGCCCACCGCGACAUCAAGCCGGGCAACAUCAUGAUCGCGGACUCCGGCGCGCAGCCCAUCCUCAUGGACCUCGGCUCGCUCUCGCCGAGCCCCACGCGCAUCACGAGCCGCGCGCUCGCGCUCCAGGUGCAGGACCAGGCGGCCGAGCACAGCACGAUGCCGUACCGGGCGCCGGAGCUCUUCGACGUGAAGACCGGCACGACGAUCGACUGCAAGGUGGACAUCUGGAGCCUGGGCUGCACGCUGUACGCGUGCCUGGUGGGCAAGUCCCCGUUCGAGGCGCGCAGCGAGGAGACGGGCGGCUCGCUGUCGCUCUGCGUCCUUGGCGGCGACUGGAGGUUCCCCGACGAGGGCGCCGCCGAGGCCAAGCGGGGGAAGCAGAGGGUCGUCUCGGGCGAGAACGGCGAGCCGCCGAAGAAGGACGAGGUCAUCUCCGAUCUGGUCAAACAGGUCGUCCGCGUGUGCCUGGCCGUCGAGCCCGCGGAGAGGCCCGAUGUCGACCAGUUGAUUGCGAUGGUGGAGGAUGUGAUUGCGCAGCUGCCCGACGAGGGGGAUGCCGCGGUGGAUUUCGAGUGAGAAAAGAAAAGAAGAAUUGAGGGAUGGGAAUGGGGUGGUUUCCUUUUUGUAGGAUUAUGUUGAGGGAUAGCCGGCGUUACUUGAAGGCGUACAUUUCUUUUUUUCUGUAGAAACUUCCGAGCCGAUGUCGGAUGAUCGCGCGUUCGAGCGAUGAUGGGAGGGAAGACGGAUAUGUUCGAUUAGACGAGAAUGGGAAAUUUCGGUGAAGGAUCUACUGUGUUGUCGGAUGGGGGAAAAGCCAUGUACGGCAGAGCAGAGUUGUGUACGGCUCAGAACCGAUCCGUGCAUUUGUUUUCUAAAUAACGGUCAUAUCAUCAUCAACAAUGGACAGCUUCAAAAUCGAGCCCGUCCUCCAUUAAUCACGCUCACUCUUCUCAAAUCGUGACCUUGCCCAACGACGACACCACCACCUCCUCCUCCUUGAUACCUCCGAA